AUCACUGUAAAAGAUAUUGAAGACUUCGAAAAGAGCUAUAAGGAUUCAGAAGAAGAGCUGGAGGAUAUUAAAGCAGCCUACAUGGAUUUUGAGGGUGACAUGGACAGAAUAAUGGAGUCAGUGUUGUGUGCGGACUAUACAGAUGAACCAAGAAUACGGAAAAUCAUAGAAAAAGCCAUUGAUGCUGGAGAAGUCCCACCCUACAAAGGUUUUGUAAAAGAGUCUAAGCAGAAAAUGAUUGCAAGAAAAAGGCGGGCAGAAAAAGAAGCUAGAGAGGCAGAAAAGGCUAAGGAUGAACUGGGCCUUGGUGGAGAAGAUGACCUGAAAGCGCUGAUUCAAAGCAGAAAUAAAGAUCGAAAAAAGGAAAUGGAUGACUUUUUGGCCCAUCUGGAAACAAAAUAUAGGAGUAAUGCUAAGAAAGGAGGAAAGAAGACUGCAGCCAAGAAAGGAAAGAAAUAA